GGCCGUAGGCAUGGUCCAAAUCGUGUUCUCCAAAAGAUUUUCAUCAUCCUCUGCACAUUAAAGAAUGUUUCUUCACAACGAUGCCCAGGAAAUAGUAACAUGACGGACGAAUUGAGGGACUCAUUUCUCAACAGGCACAACACAUUGAGAUCAAGUCUGGCUCAAGGACUACAGCAAAAUGAUAACCUCGGCCUUGCUCCACCGGCCACCAAUAUGGAAAAGAUGGAAUAUGUAUGCGAUGUUGAGAGCUCUGCAAUGCGAAGCGCUCAGACAUGCAGCGGUGGAAUUUCGCAGGAAAGCACCCGACCAGGCCUGAAGGAGAACACAUUCAGGGAAACCGACAUGAGUCUUGAUUUGGGGAAUGUUGCAGAAACGGCAAUGACGACGUGGUGGAGUCAACUGUCCAGAAAUGGUGUGGAUGAACCAAACAUGGAGUUUACGACUGAACUUCGCUUUCGUACGAACAGCAUUAUCAGCUUCUCAAAGGCUAUGACGACGUGGUGGAGUCAACUGUCCAGAAAUGGUGUGGAUGAACCAAACAUGGAGUUUACGACUGAACUUCGCUUUCGUACGAACAGCAUUAUCAGCUUCUCAAAGGUUUGCUCUACCCAUUCCGUCCAAAUAAUUGCGCCGCGAAGUGAGUCU